GAAGGCGGGAAAGGACGGGGAGGCCUGUAAACAACGGCGGCGGCGGCCGCGCGUCUCCCACGGGGCCGCCUAAACUUGUCGGGGCUGAAGCAGAAGACGCGGCGGCGGCGAGCCAAGAAAUCUUUUGAUCUGGCAGUUGGAUUGUGUUACUCAAAUAUGGACAGGAAUCCUUCACCACCUUCCAGCAAUGACGAGGAGGAGGACGUCGUUCCUGGGGAUUCUAUUAGAAAUACAGUUUACAGCAAACACUGGUUUUUCAGUGUCCUUACAAAACUAAUUGAGGUUGUUAGCUCUAAGGAAGAUGAAUCUGAGUUAAACAAUGUUGAAGAACAAGUGGAGCUCGAUGAAGAUCUGGAAAAUGACAUUUGUAAAGUAUGGGACAUGUCAAUGGAUAAGGAUGUUGCUUUAUUUCUACAAGAGUUUAAUGCCCCUGAUAUAUUUUUGGGUGUCUUUGCCAAGUCCAAGAGUCCUCGGCUUACUGAAAUCUGUGUGGGAAUACUGGGCAAUAUGGCCUGUUGCCAAGACAUAUGCCUGUCCAUUAGUAAACAUGAGAACCUUGGACAGAUGGUGCUGCAGCGUUUAAGUGAUUCCGAUUCCCCUACUCUCCUCGAAACAAGCAGGUUGUUGCUAACUUGCCUCUGCCACUCUGAGGUGGCCAAUAUUUGGGUGGAAAGAAUUCAACGAAGUCCAUCAGUGUAUGACUGUGUAUGUUUCAUCAUGUCCAGUUCAACAAAUGUGGAGUUGCUAGUGAAAAUAGGUGAGGUGGUCGACAAGUUGUUUGACUUGGAUGAAGAAUUAAUGUUAAACUGGAUUAAGAAAGGUUCUUGCCAGUCAGUGGAGCAGCCUGCAGAUGAUUCUCCAGAUGAGCUUCCAAAUUUCAAAAUUGUACCUUGCCUGCUUGAAGCUGUAAAACAAAUCUGCACAGAUAAAAGUUCAGAAGGGCUUGAUGUUUAUAUGCAUAUCCUACAGCUGCUCACCACAGUGGAUGAAGGCGUUCAAGCUAUUGUACAGACUCCUGGUAAUGGAAAAGAAACUUGGACUUUGCUGUAUGACCUGUUUUGUCAUGAACUCUGCCAGCCAGAUGAUCCACCAUUUGUUGUUCAGGAACAGAAGACAGUCUUGGCUUCUACUUUGUCUGUGUUAUCAGCCAUCUUUGCUUCACAGACUAUAUAUAGACACAGACACGAAUAUAUCAAGAUGGAGAAAAAUAUGCCUCUGAUUGAUAGCCUGAUUAGAGUCUUGCAGAACAUGGAUGAAUGUGGGAAGAGAUCUGUAGAAAACUCCAACAAACCCAAGUCAGAGGAGGCCGAGAAGUUGGGAACAGCUGAGGAGGAUUUUCAUUUUAAAAUCUUGAAGGACAUCUGUUGUGAACUACUGUCGAAUGUGCUUCAGGAACUUUCUAAGGAAAACAUACUGGAGGGGCUCAAGCAAAGCCAUCUAAAUGAACAGAAAUGUUCCUGUGCGUUUAAAAACCUUCUCCCGUUGUAUUCUUCUCCGGUAGAGAAUUUUCUUGAAGUGCUGAAUGAAGCUGAUCAGGUCCUUGCUGACAACUUAAGAAAAGCAUUCCCAAGCUUGAGACUUCAGGCAUAGGAGCAUAUUAAUUGCAUUUUUUUACAGGAAGAUUUGGAAUCAUUCAUUCUUGUUUUAAGAAAGCAGCAUGUGAAUAAUAAAGAAGCGUGCGUUAUUUCUGAAACAUCUUUGCAAGGAAACUCAGAUGAACACCUUCAUAAAACAAGAAUGGAAGUGGUGGAGAAUGGCAUACAACACAGACUUUAG